ACAAAGGGCUAGAUUAGAGGAGCGGAAAAAUAGGAAGCUGCUGAUUGAAGAAGAGGAAAUGAAAGCCCGAGCUUAUGAAAAAAAGCGAAGGGCACAGGAGAUCAGUCUGGAUAGAAGUUUGAAGUAUCAGAUGAGAAUCUUUGAUGAGGAACCCCAAGUUUGUGAAGAGAUUUUCAGGGAGGAAGAGGAGGAAGAGGAAGAUAAACUACCAGAAUUGACACCUGACAUGCAAAUGCUGAUUGACAGAGCAUUGCGACCAGGGAAUCCAAAUGAAGUGUUGUCAGAAGACUUCCGUCUUCAGAUAACCCGCAGAGACAUUGUAACUUUGAGUGGGCUUAACUGGUUGAAUGAUGAGGUAAUCAAUUUCUACAUGAACUUACUCAUGAGGAGUGGUGAAAAGGGUGAGAGAGCCAAACUGUAUGCCUUCAACACAUUUUUGUAUAGUAAAGAUGAGGUUUUCAGCAGUCGCAGGUGUAUAGUGAUGUGGUUAUUUGCCGUAUUGAUUAUGUGUCAUCCCAAUAGUGAUGUGGCGUUCAUUGGUGCUUGUGUUGCCGACAUGGUAAAGAAGGUCAUCACUUACUACGACUCAAUGGGAGCUCAAAACAACCAGUGCCUUUAUGCAGUCUUGCAGUACCUCCAAGAUGAAAGUAAAGCUAAAAAUAACACCACAUUCAAAAGAAACGAGUGGCAAUUGGUGAAUGCAGAGGAAAAUCCCCAACAGAUGAACGGUGGUGACUGUGGUAUGUUCAUGUGCAUGUAUGCAGAGUACAUAACCAGAGGAAAGGAGAUCACUUUUACACAGGAGCACAUGCCCUACUUCAGACGAAGAAUGGUGUAUGAAAUUAUCAGCAAAAAGCUCUUGCAAUAA